CCACUAAUGUGACAACCAUUAGAGUGCGUUACAGUUUCACCGAAAGCUCUGGUGACGUGUCUUGAAUGCUAUUCAAGGAAUGAUAUUAAUAUCGGCUUUGCUGAAGUGAAGUCAAGAGAAAACGGUUCUGAACUUGUCUCACAUCAUGACACCUCAAGCCAUUGUUAUCAAAGCUCUCUUCAUAUUAUCACUUGUUUCCCUUGGUCAAGCCUUACGUUGUUACUCAUGUGUUAACUUGUACAAGAAUGUAGAGUGCAGCGCCAACAAUCCAGUACACUGCGGUAGUUCCAGUGAUAGAUGCGCCGUAGCAAGUUUUUCCUACAAAACAAACGAGACAAGGUUUGGACAAGUUGAGACGUUUUAUCGCGAAUGUACAACUGCUGCUUCGUGUGAAACCGCCACAUCUCCGUGCAGAGAUAACAACGAGGCGACCUGCGAAUACAAGUGCUGCGCUGAAGAUCUGUGCAACAACAGCGCUCGCUCUUUCAUUUUCAUUACAAACCUGGUUACCCUUGCUUGCUUUGUUUUCCUUUUGAAUUGCUGAGACUGGUAAAAACAUAUCUUUCCUACCUGUACGUGUGACAUCUUAGGCUUUUACAAAUUAUUUCUAACAACCUCAGUAGUCAUUAACACAUUUGGCGCCACCUUAAAAACUUUAAUGCCAUGCAUAAACCUCAAUACAUUUUUUGAAAAGAAAAUCGGCUGAACAAUGAUGAACCUUGUAUCCUUAAUCUUAACUAGCUGUAAUAAUAAUUUUAAUGUAAAGACCAGAGGUAAAAAGUGAAGUAAGUUAGGUUGUAAAUCUUACCUCACAUUUGCAAAACGUCUAUCAGGAAACGCAAGGAAACUUAAGGCACUAAAGAAAAGACGCAAUAAAAACUGUGUCACUUACAUAUUG